UGUGAAUACGGUGCAAAAAUCUACUUUUAGUCUACUAUUUGAAAAACGUCGUCGGUACAAAACGUAUCGUUCUUUUUCUCUAAACACACUGAGAUUAAAAAUGGCAGAAGAAAUGGAAACUAUGUUUGAAAAGCUGUCGAAAGCCGAAGACUGCAAAUCUCUUCUAAAGAAGCAUUUAAGUAAAGAAGUGUUUGAAACAUUAAAAGAUAAGAAGACAAGUUUAGGAGGCACUUUAGCUGAUUGUAUACGAUCUGGUGUUGAAAAUCCGGAAAGUGGUGUUGGUAUCUAUGCUUGUGACCCUGAAGCCUACACUGUGUUUGCUGAUACUUUAGACCCAGUAAUUAAGGAUUACCACAAAAUUCCUGACAACAUACCAAUCAAGCACCCGGCCUGUGAUCUUGGUGAUCCAGAGAAACUGAAAUUUGAGGAUCUAGAUCCCGAGGGAAAGUUUAUUGUUUCUACUAGAGUUAGAGUUGGACGAUCUCAUGAUAACUUUGGAUUCCCACCCAUACUUACCAAAGAGCAAAGAGAGGAGAUGGAGAGGAAAACAACUGAAGCCUUUGAUGGUUUACCAGAAGAACUAAAAGGAUCUUAUCAUCCAAUAGAGGGCAUGGAUGCCGAUACACAAAAACAACUCACAGAGGAUCAUUUCUUAUUCAAUGAUCAUGAUAGAUUCUUGAGAGCUGCAGGUGGAUACAAUGACUGGCCAACCGGUAGAGGUAUCUAUUUUAAUGAAGAGAAGAAUUUCUUAGUUUGGGUCAAUGAAGAAGAUCAUUUAAGAAUUAUUUCCAUGCAGAAAGGAGGUGAUUUAGGCGCUGUUUAUAAACGUCUUGUAACGGCAAUUAAAGCAUUGGAAAAGAAAUUGUCGUUUGCCAGGAAUGACAGACUUGGUUUCUUGACAUUCUGCCCCACUAAUCUUGGUACCACUUUGAGAGCCAGUGUGCAUGUAAAGAUACCAAAUCUAGCUGCUCAACCCAACUUUAAAGAAGUGUGUGACACAUAUAAUUUACAAGCUAGAGGUAUCCAUGGUGAACACACGGAAUCUGUUGGUGGUGUUUAUGAUGUUUCUAAUAAGAGAAGAUUGGGACUUACUGAAUUAGAAGCUGUAACUGAGAUGUACAAUGGAGUUAAAGAGAUUAUUAGACAAGAGAAAGAACUUUCAGUCAAACCCGAGUCUCUGGAAGAUAUGUAUGAACAUGUAUCAAAAGCUGACAACUGUAAGUCCUUGAUGAAGAAGUAUUUUACUAAGGAGGUGAUGGGGAAACUGAAGGACAAGAAAACCAGUCAUGGGGCAACUCUAAUGGACUGUAUCUAUUCGGGAGUAAUGAAUCUAGACAGUGGAGUGGGAAUCUAUGCAGCCGACCCUGAAUCCUAUACGGUAUUUGCCGAUAUUUUGGAUCCAGUUAUUAAAGAAUACCACAAACUGAAGUCAUCUGAUACCAUUUCUCAUCCACCCUUUGAUUUAGGAGAUGUUGAAAAUCUUCCUUUCCCAGAUCUCGAUCCAGAAGGGAACAUGAUCGUCUCUACUCGUAUUCGUGUUGGUAGAAGCCACAAAGAGUUUGCAUUCCCACCUGUUUUAACCAAAGGGGAUCGAAUAAACAUAGAAACUAUUUCUGUUGCUGCUUUAAAUAGUCUUGGUGAUGAAUUAAAGGGACAAUACCACCCCCUGGAUGGAAUGAGGAAAGAAACGCAAGAUCAGUUAACAGCAGAUCAUUUCUUGUUUAAUGAUCACGAUAGAUUUUUGAAGGCUGCAGGAGGGUACAAUGACUGGCCAACCGGUAGAGGUAUCUAUUUUAAUGAAGAGAAGAAUUUCUUAGUUUGGGUCAAUGAAGAAGAUCAUUUAAGAAUUAUUUCCAUGCAGAAAGGAGGCGAUUUAGGUGCUGUUUAUAAGAGGUUAGUCAAGGCUAUCAAUAUUUUAAGUGAGAAGUUGAGUUUUGCCAGGGAAGAUCGUCUUGGAUUCCUCACGUUCUGUCCCAGUAAUUUGGGUACAACACUUAGAGCUAGUGUUCAUAUUAAAAUACCAAAUUUGGCUGCCAAGAAAGAUUUUAAACAAAUCUGUGAUAAACUGAAGCUUCAAGCUCGUGGUAUCCAUGGAGAACAUACAGAAUCUGUUGGUGGGGUUUACGAUAUCUCAAACAAGAGAAGACUUGGUAUCUCUGAAAUCGACGCCGUGAAGGAAAUGUACAACGGUGUUCAAGAAAUUAUCAGAAUGGAAAAAGAUUUAGCAAAUGGCAAAGGAACAAAAUCUUCAACAUGCACCGUUUUGUAACCAGCGUUGUAACUCUGCUUUCUGUCCAGAUUUAAAUUUCAUAAUUUAUUUUGAUAAAAUGUUAAUAAAAUAAAAUCACGAAAUUAUUUUUUUU